AUGGGGCCGCCGCCGCCCGCGCGUGCGCAGAGGGGGGCCGCCGCCGCCGCCGCGACCAUGGGGCAGGAGCCGCGCACGCUGCCGCCCUCGCCCAACUGGUACUGCGCCCGCUGCAGCGACGCGGCGCCCGGCGGGCUCUUCGGCUUCGCGGCGCGCGCCUCGGUCUUCCUGGUGCGCGUGGGCCCGGGCGCGGGGGCCAGCCCUGGGACCCCGCAGUUCAGAGUCGUCGGGGAGCUGGUGGGACACACCGAGAGGGUCUCGGGCUUCACCUUCUCGCACCACCCGGACCAGCACAACCUCUGCGCCAGCAGCUCGGACGACGGCACCGUGAAAAUCUGGGACGUGGACACCAGGGCGGUGGUGACUGAGCACACCCUCCACCAGCACACCAUCUCGGCGUUGCACUGGUCACCGCGCGUGCGGGACCUGGUGGUGUCGGGGGACGAGAAGGGCGUUGUCUGCUGCUACUGGCUGCACAGGAGCGACAGCCAGCACCUCUUCAUCGAGCCCAGGGCCAUCUUCUGCCUGACCUGCUCGCCGCACCACGACCACCUCGUGGGCCUGGGCUACAAGGACGGCGUGGUACUGGUGAUCGACAUCAGUAAGAAGGGGGAGGUCCUCCACCGCUUCCGUGGCCACGAUGAUGAGAUCCACUCGGUGGCCUGGUGCCCACUUCCUGGGGAAGCCUGCCUGCCCCUCAGCCAGGAGGAGGAUGCAGAAGCUGGACUUCCCAACGGGAAUGAGGCGGUCCAAACGUCGGCCGCCAAAGGCUGCUACGUGGCGACGGGGAGCAGAGACCAGACCAUCCGCAUCUGGAGCUGCUCCCGGGGCCGGGCGGUGACGGUCCUGAAGCUGCCCUUCCUGAAGAGAAGAGGUGGCGUGGACCCAACAGUGAAGGAGCGCCUCUGGCUGACGCUGCACUGGCCCAAGGACCAGCCGACACAGCUGGUGUCCAGCUGCUUCGGGGGCGAGCUGCUGCUGUGGGACCUGGCGCAGCCCUGGCGGAGGAAGUUCACGCUGUUCAGCGCGGCCGCCGAGGCCCAGCACCACUCCCGCAUCGUCUUCAACCUGUGUCCCUUGCACACGGACGACGGCCAGCGGCUGCUGCUCUCCACGUCCAUGGACAGAGACGUCAAGUGCUGGGACAUGGCCACGCUGGAGUGCUGCUGGACGCUGCCGUGCCUCGGUGGGUUUGCCUACAGUCUGGCUUUCUCUCCUGUGGACACAGGCUGCUUGGCCAUCGGCGUCGGGGACGGCAUGAUCCGCGUGUGGAACACGCUCUCCAUCAAGAACAACUACGACGUGAAAAGUUUCUGGCAGGGGGUCAAGUCGAAGGUGACAGCGCUGUCCUGGCACCCGAGCAAGGAGGGCUGCCUGGCCUUCGGCACAGACGACGGCAAGGUGGGGCUGUACGACACCUACUCCAGCCGGCCCCCCCAGGUUUCCAGCACCUAUCACAAGAAGACGGUCUACACACUAGCCUGGGGGCCGCCCUUGCCCCCCGUGUCCCUGGGCGACGGCGACCGGCCUUCCCUCACGCUGUACAGCUGCGGUGGGGAGGGUGUGGUCCUCCAGCACAACCCCUGGAAGCUGAGCGGCGAGGCCCACGACAUCAACAGGCUCAUCCGGGACACCAACAGCAUCAGGCACAAGCUGCCUGCACGCACGGAGAUCAGCUGGAGAGCAGACGGCAGGAUGGUGGCUCUCGGCAACGAGGACGGGUCCAUCGAGGUCUUCGGGCCCCCCGGCCUGAAGCUGCUGUGCACCAUCCAGCAGCACCACAAGCUCAUCAACAGCCUCAGCUGGCACCACGCGCACGGCGGCCGGCCCGAGCUGGGCACCCUGCUGGCCUCGGGCUCCAACAACGCUGUCAUCUACGUGCACAGCCUGCAAGCUGUCCUAGAGCGCGACGCCGAGUCUCCGGUGACCCUCACGGAGCCCUACCGGACGCUCUCGGGGCACACGGGCAAGAUCACCCGCGUGGCGUGGAGCCCGCACCACGACGGGAGGCUGGUGUCGGUGUCCUAUGAUGGCACGGCUCAGGUGUGGGACGUGCUGCAGGAGGAGCCACUCUGCAACUUCCGGGGCCACCGUGGCCGGCUGCUGAGUGUAGCAUGGUCCCCGCUGGACCCCGACUGCGUCUACUCGGGGGCUGACGACUUCUGCGUGCAGCGCUGGCUCACGUCCAUGCAGGAGCACAGCCGCCCUCCGCAAGGCAAGAAGAGCCUUGAGUUGGAGAAAAAGCGGCUUACCCAGCCUGCGCCCAAGUCCAGGAAGAAGAAGCAGCCCGCGGCCCUGGCCCCGAGGGCGGCGAGCGAGGAAGAGGGCGUGGUGCCGGCACCCCUGGAGAACGGCGUGGCCGAGGCCGAGACGCCAGAGCCGGGACCGCCCUGCACUGCAGCUGGCACAGCUUCCAGAGAGCCAGCCGCCUGCCCGCCUGCCCCUGUGGGCCCUGACCAAGUCGGCGUGACCGUGACCAGCAGAGUGGCCUCUCAGAGGAAGGAUCCCCCCAGGGAGAAGCCAGAAGCCUCCAUGAAGAAGCGGAAGGCUCGCUCAAUGCUGCCUCUGAGCACCAGCCUGGACCACAGGCCCAAGGAGGAGCUCCAUCAGGACUGUCUGCUGCUGGCCACUGCCAGGCAUGCACCAGAGCUGUGUGAGGACACGCGUGCGGCUCUGGAGGACAGGUUCCACCUGGGGCUCUUCACAGACAGGCCCGCGCUCCACAGAAUGAUGGAGACCGAAGGGAAGGGGCACCUGGAGAACGGCCACCCCGAACUCUUCCACCAGCUCAUGCUGUGGAAGGGUGACCUGAGGGGGGCGCUGCAGGGUGCGGCUGAGCGCGGGGAGCUGACGGACCAGCUCGUGGCCAUGGCGCCUGUCGCCGGCUACCACGUGUGGCUGUGGGCCGUGGAGGCCUACGCCCAGCAGCUGUGCUUCCAGGACCAGCACGUCAAGGCCGCGUCGCACCUGCUGUCCAUCCACAAGGUGUACGAGGCCGUGGAGCUGCUCAAGUCCCACCAGCUCUACAGGGAGGCCAUCACGGUGGCCAAGGCUCGACUUCGGCCCGACGACCCAGCACUGAAGGACCUGUACCUGAGCUGGGGGGGCGUCCUGGAGCGAGACGGCCACUACGCUGUGGCCGCCAAGUGCUACCUGGGGGCUGGGUCGCCGUACGAUGCUGCUAAGGUCCUCGCCAAGAAGGGGGACGCGGCGUCCCUGCGCACGGCGGCCGAGCUGGCGUCCAUCUCGGGCGAGAGGCAGCUGGUGGCCUCGCUGGCGCUCAGGUGUGCCCAGGAGCUGCUGCUGGCCAGGAACUGGGUGGAGGCCCAGGCUGCCCUCGCGCUGCACGAGAGCCUCAAGGGCCAGAGACUGGUGUUCUGCCUCCUGGAGCUCCUGUCCACACACCUGGACGCGGCGCGGCACCCAGAAGGCGGGGGCUCCUGCUCCCACAACCCCUGGGCCACACACGCCGAGGGGCCCUUCACGGAGAGGGUGACAGCCGUGUGGAGGGCCAGCUUCGGCGUGGACACCCCCGAGCAGUGCCAGGAGGCGUCACAGCAGCUGGAGAGCAUCAAGUACCCGCCCGCCACCAGCAACACGCCCUGCAAACAGCUCCUGCUGCACGUGUGCCACGACCUGGCCCUGGCGCUGCUGGCCCAGCUGGCGGCAGCCUGGGAGACGGCCGUGGAGGCUCUGCUGCGUGCCGUGGUGCGGUGCCACGACUCGGGCAACUUCUACCUCGCGCAGGAAGUGUGUGCUGCCGUGCUUCCCGAUGGCUGUGAUCACCUCCGCGCCCUCCUGGGGCACCGCCAGGCCCCUGCCACGCCUGCACUCAGGAGUCUCGAGGCCUUUGUCACCUACGGGCACCUGUACGAGUUCUGGUGGACCCUGUCCAGCGCCAGGGUCCCAGCCGUGGCGGGUCAGGCCGCCCCCGUGGAGCAGAACCAGGAUCAGGAGGCCCCCAGCCCAGGGCCGGGAGGCCCCCACACAGGCACAGAGGCUAGACCCCUGGCACAAGACUUUGGACAAGAACUGGAGCCCCAGGGACCCCCAUCGGAGCCGGGGCCAGAGCCCCAGGGACCCCCAUCGGAGCCUGGGCCAGAGCCCCAGGGACCCCCAUCAGAGCCUGGGCCAGAGCCCCAGGGACCCCCGCAGGAACAGGAGUCCAGAGCUGCCCUGGAGAAGAGCCGGCUGCUGGGCACCUGCCCGGGGCUCCUGUCCGAGGCCCACGCGCAGCUGCAGGAGGCUCAGAGGACGGUGGCAGACGUGCAGGAGACCCUGGCUGACCUGAUCCGCCGGCACCAGAAGAGCCAGCUGUGCCCAGAGCAGAACGGGGAGCUGCCUCCCGGGAAAGAGGAGGAGCAGCCCGUGUCCCUGCCUGAGCUAACCAGGCGGCUCACAGAGGCCAAGGCGAGGAUUGCGGCAUUUCCCGAGAGCGUUAAGGUCUGGCCCUUCCCCGACGUGCUCGAGUGCUGCCUGGUCCUGCUCCACGUCUGCGCCCAGAGUCCGGCCUGCCUGGCCCAGGAGACACAGCAGCAGGCCCGGAAGCUCCUGCUCAAGUACGGCAGCUGCAGAGCCUAUAGGCGCCACCGCCAGCCCUGCUGACACCCCCCCCCCCCUGCGGGCCUGGCACUCUCAAGCCUUAGCCACCUCACCAGAGAGGGUCCCAGCGAGCCCCUCCCUCCUGCCUGCCCACGGCUCCCGCAGCACUCCCCGCGGCAGAAGGGACCGGCCUGCCCCGUCUCCAGGAUGCUGGAGUAGCCUCGGGACACUGGCCACUUCUGGGCACCACUCACUCACCUGCCCCUCGGCCCCGGUUGGGAUCGGGCAUCAGACAGCUCAGAAGAGCCUCUGGUCCUUAAUCCCGCCGAUCAUUCGCCCUUGAGGAGCAGAUUAAAGCCACUGAGACUGA